UCAUUUCAAGAAUGUGGAUUUUUAAUCUUCACUUUAUACUAGCCUCCAUUUGUGUCAUAAAAGUUAGUUUCUGUUUCGAUUUGCUGGGUAUUGAUACCGGGCAAAAGGGUCCACUGGCAUGGGAUAUCCAGUUCAAACGCAUCGAGAAUUGCAAAGAGCGUGGUCCAAAACUCAUGGACUUCGACUUACGUUUGAAAAGAGUUUCAAGGACAAGAGUGGAUAUGGUGGGUAACAUUACCUUCAAAGUCGAUUAUGGAGACAACAUCAAGGGUCCACUGGCAUGGGAUAUCCAGUUCAAACGCAUCGAGAAUUGCAAAGAGCGUGGUCCAAAACUCAUGGACUUCGACUUACGUUUGAAAAGAGUUUCAAGGACAAGAGUGGAUAUGGUGGGUAACAUUACCUUCAAAGUCGAUUAUGGAGACAACAUCAAGAUUAUAAGCGACUUCAGUACUUGGGGAAAUGGCGGAUGGAAAAGUAAUGCCUACCGCUUCACCAUAAAGAAAGCUUGUACAGAAUUUUCAGUGUUCGAAAAUUUUAUUGUGGCUAUUCGGAAGGAAUCUGGAAUGCCAUUAACAACGUGUCCUAUACCAAAGGGAACUUACGAACUGGAAAACUUUGAUACGCGAGUGAUAAACAACAUAUCCAUACCUUUCUACACAAUUCCAACGCUGUGGAGGAUGACCUUCUCACACUAUGACAAGUCAGAUAACAGGCUGCUUGAUUGCAAGGUGUUCAUCGUCGAAAGCAAAGUCAAACACUUGAAGAGACAACACGAUCAGGAUCACAAAAAAGUCGAAAAGACUUAAAAAUUCGUACUAAACGAGUUCUGAAAUUUGAAGAUAAAUUAGUAAAAGAAGAGAAAUCCACAGUCAUUUGAAUUUGGUGAUGGGAAUUUAUUCGCAUAUCUUUGUUUGCACUUUAUUGAUAAGGUAUUUUUUAUUCAUCCAUUUUUUGAAGAUCUCAUUCAAUCAA